UGCCGCGCACGGACGGAGAGGACCGUGCGAAAUAAAGCAAAACUCCAGUCGUUUUGUAUGCCUACAGCGAAGACGCGAAGAAAACUUCAUCUGGGAACUUCCUACCAUGGAUCAGCAAUCAUUACUAACGCUUAUUUAAACAGAGUUUACAGUUCGGAUGUAUUUCGGUACUGAUGGUUAUAUAAAUGCACUGACGAAGAAACUGGAGCUUUAAGUGUAGCACGUUAAGCGACAGAGGAAUUAGUAAUUUGUGGGGCUAAUAGUGUGGCGACAGCCCGGAGAAGGUUUGCUUCUGAUACGUUAACCCUUGUUACGGACCCCCAUCAAGGGAAUACAACAUCAACUUCGACCCACAGUGGAGUGUUUGGAAGUAGGGUCUUUUCGAUAUUCUUCGUCCUUGCCUUUCUGCUGCUAAAGUUGCCCGGCGGUGAGGUGCAGCCACGCCGGGGGAAGGCACGGAGCGACGGCCGCUACUCUCCGGCUAGCUCGGCUGCUGCUUCUGUUUCUAGCAUCGAGGCCUUGUCGGUUAGGCGACAAUGCUUGACAUAAUGUCUGAACACCAAGAUUCACUGUUGACGUGCAAAACGGAACCUCUGCCCCCAGAGAGGAAAAAGAGGACUGUUGAGGACUUCAACAAGUUCUGCAGCUUUGUCCUGGCUUAUGCUGGUUACAUCCCCAGUCCAAAGGAGGAAAGUUCAUGGUCCCCAACAUCAUCCAGCUCUGCACACAGUUCAGGGUUGUCGGCAGAUGGGGGCAGCAGCUCCAUUGGCAACACUUGGGCAGAUGGAAGCUCCGACAUCCACACCAUCCAUACAUUCGUCCGUAAAGCUCGAGCAAAUAAGGGUAAAAAUAUCCGUCGUAUGCACUCUGAUAGCACCCUGCUGGACAAGAUGCGCCUGAAAGACUCCCUGUAUGACAGCCAGAGCACCACAAAGGCUGAGCGCAAGAAGGACAAAAAACUGAAAAAGCUGUCGCUGGGUUCAGCCAUGACAGCAGCAGACAGUGGCAGCAGUGAAGGGGAGAAAAGAGCCCGCAUCAAACGCAGCAAAAACUCAAAACAGCCAAAACCUAAGAAGCUCAAGAGUUCGGCUGCUCAAAGCGAGACAGACUCUGAGGCACGGAACACGCACAGUGAGGUACGAGACGUCGGGGAGGAUCUGACGGUGCAUGGGGGCUCCACUUCGAGCAUGCAGGGCUUGGGAAAGAUGCAGCCAGAGGAAUCGAUCAGGGAAGCGGAAAUGAGCUCCAGCGAGGGUGAGACCUGGAUCGCAGAUGAAGACAUUAUGGUCGAGUCAGGGGACGAUUCAUGGGACUUGAUCACCUGUUACUGUGGGAAGCCAUUCGCAGGCCGACCAAUGAUCGAGUGCAACCAGUGCGGCAUAUGGGUGCAUUUGUCAUGUGCAAAGAUCAAGAAGUCGAAUGUUCCCGACAUCUUUUACUGCCACAAGUGCAGGGACAUGCGACGGUCAGGACACAAAAAAGACACCUAGAGACAAGGGGAAUGAUGAGCACUCACCUUGUUUUUGCUGUCCUCUUGACACUUAACUUUCUUUGAUGCCUACAGCCAAAACAGCCUAAAUUAUCACCUGGAUGGCAACUGUAUUGUCAGUUUGUAGGAUUUCUUUUGACAAUCACAACCAUUCUAUUUAUCCAUCAUAUAUAUAUUUUUUAAUUUCUUACUUUCCCCCCCUUUGUCAACUGUGAAGAAACGGACAGAAGGCAACAGUGACGGUUGAGAAUCUUUUUUUUUGGUUACUAAACAAUUGCUACAUUAAUUGGCUUUAUUGUUAUAUACUGUGCUGGUGCAUAACUUUUCACGCUUGGUCUCACAUUCACAGAAAGUGCAUUUAUGACUUGUAAAUUAUUUCUUGACGAUAUAGACAAAUCAGUGAAAGUUUCCUUUAGUCUCUGAAGGAGUACCAUUCUCAGUUUGACAGUCAUUUCUUUCUAACUUUAAAUCAAUGCAAGGUUCACAUUGACAAAAGUAGAGCUUAUAUAUUGUGUAGCUUAAAUGUCACUCCUCUUAUUCAUUUAGAAGUAUGUCAUAAUGCUAGAUGGGCAGCUCAUUUCUGUUUAGUGAUUUUCUUUUUUUUUUCAGUGGUGAUCACUGAACUUAAAUAAGUAGAGCGCUCACUCCUUUGAAAUAAGAGAUUUUUUUGAAUUUAUAGACUCGGCUAAGAUGUAUUAGUUUGAAUCUACAAAAAGUUGCACACAGACAAUUUUUUUAACAGUACGUUUCUAAAAAUAUAAACCCCAGUAGAAUAUCCACUGCAUACAUGGGUGGAAAAGGGCAGUAUAAGCUACAGCAGAUGAAAUCUCUACUAGGCUGUGUACAUUCAUGAUUGAGCGCUUAAUGUUUCUCACUGUCUGGUUUGUUAAUCAAUCAUUGGUAGCUAUUUACCAUGAACAACAUUUACAUUAAAAGCUGUUAAAUUUUGA